AUGGUUUUCAGUAAGACUAUUUGUGAAAGUGAAAAAUCAUAUUUAAGGUGUCCUGUUGAUAAACCAGUGAUUAUUGGAUGGAGGGAGAAGCUAGUGAUUGGUGAUAUGACUUCUACUGCAGAAUUACUGCGGUCCAUCACUAAAAACAUCCAAGUCAAUGAUACCAAACAGCUGAAUGCCAGUGUUGAUAAAGCACUUUUACAAAUUGGGGAAGGAACUCGGUUAGAAAAUGAAAUUAUUGUUGAAGUUUUACAAUAUUUAACAAGUGUCUUGGAUGAUUUUGACGAUGAUAGAAUUGACUUCGACAAUGUGAUUGGACUUAUGAAUAAAUUGAUCGAUCUCUUGCCAUAUGAGAUUGUGUUAGAGUUGUUUUCCGUGACGGAUUUGAAAGCUGCUUUGAACAGUCAAAUUCCACCGCUUAUGAGAGCCGCUUGCAAAGUGAUUUCGUUAUCGUCUCCAAAGGGCGUUUUCGCCAAUUCAGAGCUUUUCGAUCUGAUGCUGCGAAUUAUGUUUGACCCGGAUACCAAAUUGGCAGUAGUUAACGAAAUUGAAAAUACGUUAAGAGCCUUAAGGACAGAUGAACUUGUAAGGCGGCGGAUUUUGCAAGAUAACAUGGUCCUGUUGAUAGCGGCAAAAGAGAGUUCAGAUGUAGUUGUUUCCGCUAGGCUCCUUGAACUGUUAUCCAUUUUUUCUGACAGCUUGACGUUUGGUGAGUUUAAUACCGAACUUUUCGCUUUCUCGGCUAGAGACAUUGAAGAAAGUGCCCAGGGUGAAAUAUUUCAGUUCAUAAAUUUGACGAACUACUAUAUUGGCCUUCUGGAGUGUAUUCGCCAGUCUUGGGACAAGUCUGAAAGUCCUACGGGACCUUUCGCAGCCAUUUUCCGUGAACUUGUCAGUUAUGGUGAGAUUUACUCUAGAAUCAAUGAAUUUGAAGACGUUAACCUCUUUGGGAGAUCCUACGUGCUGAAGCUAUUCCAAGCCCUUUCGUAUUUGCAAGAUCAAAGCUUUUUCGGAAGCUUAGAUAAGAAAUAUUCAAUUGUGGCAGCCGGUAACAGUGAUUUAAGAGAUCUUUUGACGUUAUUAAAUCCUGAAUACCUUUUGAAAGAUUGUAGGGGUUUUCUCGAAAAUCAAAUUACCAUCAAACCCACGAGUCUUCCAAUCUUGCGAAACAUUCUCAAAGUCCAAGAUGGAUUUGCGCUUGUGCAACCUAUGCUCACUUCUGAAGCAAUUCUGGCAAUGCCCUACUUGGAAUUAAUGGCAUUCUUGGACAUACUUACUUUACAUGACUACUCCACUACAUUUCUUUUGGAAUCGUUACCCAAAGUUAUAUCUUCAUUGAUCGAGGAUGACUCGGGAAGAAUUAUUGAACCUCUCACAGUAAGGACUAGAGCUCAGGUUCUCGAAAGGUUACUCGAAUUGGAUCCGGGUCGAUUGACGGUCUGGCAUGCUCCUUUGCUCGAAGCACAUCAAAGAAUGACUACAGGCAAAUAUAGGUCUAACACUAUCGAUAUAGCAGAAUCGUACCUGUAG